AGCAGUGCAGAAAACUUGCAACGCGCAUCCAGUUCAGUGUAGAGCUGAUUGCUGAGCUCAGCAGACAUCAGUAUAAUAUGGACUCCAACAGUGAAUCUGAGGAUCAGGGGGGAUCCCAAAGUAUACCCACUCCUCCUCCCCUUCCUCAACCGCCACAAAUAUAUCAAACCCCUCAAAAGAAAGAAGAUUUUGUGAAGCCUGAGAAUUGUUACAGCUGCCAAGAAGCAAACGCAAGGGACACACUGAGCCAUUACGACUACGAAAGAUUUAAAUGCCGCAGAGUAUGUGUUAGAAGAUACUGCGAAAAUUGUUCAUCAAGGGAAACUCGCCGUUCUUCAGAUAAGAAACUUAAUAAAUUGAACGAAGGAUCACAUUUAAAUAUAAGGCGUCAAAUUAGAGAAUAUGAAGAUCCAAAACCAGAGGAUUACGAAAGGAGACGUACUCGUCCUCCCCUUCCUGAACCACAAAUAUAUCAAACCCCUCAAAAGAAUGAAGAUUUUGUGAAGCCUGAGAAUUGUUACAGCUGCCAAGAAGCAAACGCAAGGGACACACUGAGCCAUUACGACUACGAAAGAUUUAACUGCCGCAGAGUAUGUGUUAGAAGAUACUGCAAAAAUUGUUCAUUGAAGCAAUCUCGCCGUUCUUCAGAUAAGAAACUUAAUACAUUUUUCCAGCGAAAACUAUCAUUGGAGGAAACUUAUUAGAUUUAAAAGACCGCAUUUAAAUAUGUAAAAAAUAACAGUUUGUCAAAUUCAACACAGAAAUAAAUGCAUUUUUUAUUUUCCAACUAUUUG